CCCGGCGAGGCGAGGCGAGGGGGACAGGCAGAGAGCGAGCCCGGCCAUGCCCCGGCGCCGCUGCCCCGGGCAGGUGCCCCCGGGCAGGUAGAGCCAGCGGCGCUCCGGGCAGCUCGCCCUGCUCCUGUCCUGCCGGGACGUCUGUCCUUCCAUCGGCACCUGCACCUCCCUGCAGGAGCCCAGCUCGGAGGAGCCUCUGCCACCUUCGCCCAGCUCCGCGCCCUGCGAGCGGCCGCCGGCAGCGAGUGCGGGAAAGUUUUUGCCAAACUUUUUGUGGUGUUUUCUUUCUGCUUUGCUUUUUCACCCCUCGAGUGACUCUGCGCCAGCCGGGGAGGCUCCUGAGGCAGAGCAAGGUUCCCCCCGGACACCGCAGGGAUUGGAGAAACGGGGGAAAAGAAGGAAUAAGGUGAUUGCGGAAAGGGGGUGAAGGAAAAAACGCAGAACCUCGGGAAGAAGGGGAGGCAAACACAGCCCGCAGCCCCAGGAUGAAGCGGUGAAUGGCAAGAACAAUUUAACUGGGAUCAACAAGUGGGAAACCCUGCGCGCCUCGUCCUUCCCGUCCCUUCCCCGAACUCCUCGCGGCGAAGGAAGGAAAACUUCUCCAGCGGGCUCGGCUGCCUCGGACCGGCCCCGGGAUGCUGCCCCGGGCCCUCCUGGCCGUGUGUGCCCUGCAGGGGCUGCUGCUGCUGCACGGUCUCGCUGAGGAAGAGCUUCUUCAAAAACCAAGGCUGAGCACUUCCAAGGACCAAAUCGUCAUCUCACCAGGAGACACCCUAAAAAUAAAAUGCUGGGGAGCCCCGUCGGUGAGCUGGCAGCUGAGGGAGGACAACCCGCGCGUGCACGUGAGCGGCUGCCGCGAUGGCCCCAGGCUGGGCUGCAGCCAGCUCGUCCUCAGGAGAGCCACGGCCAACGACACCGGCUACUUCAGCUGUGCCCUCAGCAGCACCCCCGAGCACCAGGGGCUCGUGGCCAGGGUCUAUGUCUUUGUCCAAGACUACAGGAAUCCAUUUGUGGAGAUGCACCCGGAACACCCUGACAUCAUCUACAUCACGGAUGAUAAGAAAACAGUGCUGAUCCCCUGCCGGGUCACCUCGCCAGACAUCAGACCCAAGCUCAUCCAGUACCCUUCUUCUGCAGAGAUCAACUUCAAGAAGAUGGUGUGGGACCCCAGGAGAGGCUUUUUCAUCCCCUCCCACUCCUUUGUGCCCUCUGGGAUCCUCACAUGCUCGGCCCAAGUCAACGGCAGCGUCUUCAACUCCUACUACGUGGCCCAGAGACUGGAGGGCAGAAUACAGAACCUGGCUCUGAAGGCAAGUGCCAGAAAGCUGCUGGUUGGAGAAACUCUCAAGCUGGAGUGCAAAGCAGAGACCUUUAUCAACGGGCGCGUCGAGUUCAUCUGGACGUGCCCCCGUGGCACACACCCCCACCCCAGGAGAACAAUGGACCAGAGUGAUGUGGUGUACAAAGCCGGCAGCAGCCUGGUAAUUGAAAAUGUCACCAUGGAAGAUGGGGGCUUGUACAUCUGCAGGACAUUCAAUGUCACCAGGCUGGAGGCCAAUGUCACUGUCACUGUGUAUGAAAAACCCUACAUCACAGUCUCACACAAGAAAGGGCCUUACUACGAGAUUACCUCAGGACACAAGUCCCUGAAGCUGGCUGCCAAGGUGGACGCCUUUCCUCGGCCCACUGUCACCUGGUACAAGGAUGGCAAACUGAUCAAGGACAACCACACCUGCUACGAGCCAGAUCCACUGAGAUACAGACUGGGAAUACGAGAUGUGAGACCAAAACAUGCUGGGAACUACACCAUGGUCCUGAGCAACCCCAAAUACGGCCUCUACAAGAACCUCACCAUGCAGCUGGUGGUGACAGAGAGACCCAAGAUCUAUGAAAAGGAAACAGAUUUUCAUAAGGUUGUGAAGGUGGAAUUGAGAAGCAAACACGAAAUCCAGUGCACAGCAAGUGGGAAUCCUGAGCCCAGGAUCGAGUGGAAGUGGCAGCCCUGCAGCCUCACAGACACCCUGUGCAAUCCUGAGGGGCCAAAAGUUGUGGUUUCAGAGAACACAGUCAUAGGAAACAAGAUCAGGAGCAUUGAGAACACCCCCAUGAGGCAGGAGGAUAAACCAAAGAUUGUGAGCACCCUGAGCAUGGAGGACAGCAGUGCCUCGGGGAUCUAUUACUGCGUGGCUGCCAACAAGGUGGGCGAGGAGGAGCGGAGCAUCGCCUUCUACGUGUCAGAUGUGCCCUCUGGGUUGCAAACACCUUCCCAAGUCACAGCCAUCGUGGGCAAUGACGUCCAGCUGACCUGCCGGGCCUCCAAGUACAUCUACACCCACCUGGCCUGGUACUACCCCACCUCAGAGGCAGCUCCCAGCCACUCUGUGGUCAGGAAAAUGGACAAAUAUUCCAUCUCCUUGACCCUGCUCAUUCCCAACGUCACGAGGGAGCAGAGUGGCCUCUACAAGUGCCGAGCCCAGAACGAGCAGAACAGCACGGACACGCUGGAGCAGCACAGCCAGCUCCUGGUCAGAGCAAAGGCAGCGCCGGUUGUGAUCCAGAACCUCACGGACCUGGAGGUCAACAUCAGCGGCAAGAUCCUGCUGGAGUGCAAGGUCAGUGGGACCCCAGAGCCUCAGGUGACCUGGAGGAAGAAUGGCUACCCCAUCUCAGCAGCAUCAGGAAUUUCCAUGGAGAACAACACCCUGGUGAUUGAGAGAGUGAAGAAGGACGACGAGGGGCUCUACGAGUGCUGGGCCUCCAACGAGCUGGGCCAGGACAGCACAUCAGCCUUCAUCAGAAUCCAGGGUUCUGAGGAGAAAUCCAACAUUGAGGUGAUCAUCCUGGUGUGCACAGGGCUGGCUGCCACGCUCUUCUGGCUCCUGCUGACGCUCUUCAUUCGCAAACUGAGAAAGCCCGACGCCACAGACAUUAAAACAGGAUACCUGUCAAUUAUCAUGGACCCCGAGGAGAUGCCCCUGGACGAGCAGUGUGAGCGCCUGCCCUACGACAGCAGCAAAUGGGAGUUCCCCAGGGACAGGCUGCGCCUGGGUAAAACUCUGGGUCAUGGUGCUUUUGGGAAGGUGGUGGAGGCGUCUGCUUUUGGCAUUGAUAAAUCUUCAACCUGCAAAACAGUUGCCGUAAAAAUGCUGAAAGAAUGUGCAACUACUAAUGAAUGCAAGGCUCUAAUGUCUGAGCUGAAGAUCCUCAUCCAUAUAGGACAUCACCUGAAUGUGGUCAACCUGCUGGGAGCCUGCACCAAAGCUGGAGGUCCUUUAAUGGUCAUAGUGGAAUAUUGCAAAUAUGGAAAUCUGUCCAACUAUCUCAGAGGGAAAAGAGGAGAUUUCAUUGCAUACAAGUCCCAGGAAAACUCUGACCAAGCAGAGAAGAGUCUGGAUGAGUCCAGCAGUGAUUUGACUGAACUGAUCAAGAGGCGCCUCGAGAGUGUGGCCAGCACAGGCAGCUCUGCCAGCUCAGGAUUUAUUGAAGAUAAGAGUUAUAGUGACUCAGAAGAUGAUGAAGAAGAUGCUGAGGAUCUGUACAAGAGGCCCUUGACUCUGGAGGAUCUGAUUUGCUACAGCUUCCAGGUGGCAAAAGGCAUGGAGUUCCUCGCCUCCCGAAAAUGCAUCCAUCGGGAUCUGGCAGCCAGGAACAUCCUCCUGUCCGAGAACAACGUGGUCAAGAUCUGUGACUUCGGCCUCGCCAGGGACAUUUACAAAGACCCCGACUACGUACGGAAGGGAGAUGCACGGCUUCCCCUCAAGUGGAUGGCUCCAGAAGCUAUUUUUGACAAAAUUUACACCACGCAGAGUGACGUGUGGUCUUUCGGAGUGCUGCUGUGGGAAAUAUUUUCUCUAGGUGCCUCUCCAUACCCUGGGGUGCAGAUAGAUGAGGAUUUCUGCCGGCGGCUCAAGGAGGGGACCCGGAUGAGAUCUCCAGAAUAUUCCACCCCUGAAGUCUACCAGACCAUGCUGGACUGCUGGCACGGGGUGCCCACGGAGAGGCCGACGUUCACCGAGCUGGUGGAGCGCCUGGGGGAUCUCCUGCAGGCCAACGUGCAGCAGGAUGGCAAAGACUACAUUCCACUGAACAUCACCUUGUGUCCUGAUGGAGAAUCCAACUCCAAAACCUGCCCUGUGGAAGAAAACUUGAACAAUGGAGUGAAUCGCUGGAGUGCAGUAGAAACUGGAAACAACAGCAAGAAGAGACCCCUGAGUGUGAAGACUUUUGAUGAGGUGCCAGUGGAAAAGGAGAAAGUGAUGCAUGAGGAGUCUGACAGUGGGAUGGUGCUGACCUCAGCGGAGAUAAAAAGCCCCAAGAGGUUGGAAAUCCGUUCCUGGCCCUAUGGGAUCAUGGCUCUGGCGAGGAGAGCUGUCAGCAGGAGCAAGGAAUCCAUCCUGGCUGACCACGAGACUGUCAAGUACCAGCCAGCAAUGCAGGUGGAAGAGGACACCAUGGAGUUCCCCCUGGAAGACUCUGUCCUGCUCCCCAUGGAUCCCAGCCUGGAGUGCCACAGCCCUCCCCCAGACUACAACUCUGUCAUGCACUACUCAGCCCCCCCAGUGUAAGCAGAGCCCCCAGGGGCUGAGCUCAGCCCUGCCAGGCUCUGCUGUGCCCCAGGGAGCCUGGGUGACACAGAAGGGAACUCUGCUGGGAUAAUGCUUCACAUGUUUCUUCUGGCACAUCUCAGAUGGGAUUAGAAACAAUUUCAGAGCAUCUUCUCACUUCUCUUUAAAGGCCUAUUGCAAGAUCUGCAGUGAAUUAAUGGCAUUGUCUGUCAGAGUCAUGGUGGGAGCUGUAACCCUGAACUGCUGCCACUCCUCCCCCUGGCUGGGGCUGUUCUUGGCACUGCCAGAUCCACAGGUUCCUGCAUCCCCACUUCACCCCAUCAGGGUCAUGCCAAGCUGGUUGGGAACACAAAGUUCAAGCUGCUGGCCCUGACACAUCCUGCAGGGAUUGGUUAGGUCAGUGCUGGAAGGGAUCUGUUGAAAAUAGCAGCAGCCACAUGAAAGUUUUGGGCUUGGAGAAAAGCUGAAACACCCUUCCUAACUUGGGAUUUCACCUCCUGUAAAUAUUUCUGAAAUAUUUUGCAAUCCAAGCUGUUUUUGUUGCAAAUUGGAUUUAGUAAUUUCCACUGGCCAGAGGAUACACUCCUAAAGAUGGCAUGGCCCAGAGCAGGCUGGUAGUGCCCGUGUGCCUGCGCUUUGGGGCAGCAGGGCACACACUGUGGUUGAAUCUGAGGCCCUGGGCUUUCCCCUUGUUCCAACAGCAGUUUAUUCUGCAGACAUGCAAUAGGGAACCUUGCUGGAGAUGCUCUGUAAUGGUUGCAAGGCAAAAUCACUGCCUUAAGCAAGAACCUUUCAACUCAAACAGAACUUCCCAGCUCACACAUACCUUUGUGUGAAUGUGCAGAAAACUCUCAUUACCAGCACAAGAGUUACAGCAAAACUCACACACACCCUUGAGGCACCAGCAGGGCAGCAGCAUUUUUAUGUUUCCUUUCUGCACACAGACUAUUUACUAAAACAACACACAAAACAAAAAAAAAAAAAAAAAAAAAAAAAAAAAAAA